AUGUUCUCACUUCUCUUCGUUGCUCUGCUGUUGACAGCGGAGUCCAGGGAAAUAUUGCAACUUGAAACCGCUUCCUACGAUGACCCAGCAGAACCGACAACAACCGAUGGCUCUACCAUUGCGGAGACGUCAAGCUCUUCCGAGCUUUCCUUGGCUCCAGUGGACUCCAAACCGGUUUCCACUGUCUCCUGUCAAAACGAAACGAGUUUUGCGAACUUGCCGAAUUUGAAUGCUUUCCAUUAUACUGACAUAUACAAAUACUACAACCUUGGCACCGACAACUUCAACGCGAUGUUUCUGAUGAAUGCUCUAGAGGAAAUAGUCAAAUACCCGCCCAAGAACAUAUCGGAUGCGAUCGAAAGGUGCAAUCAAAUUCCUCUCCUAACGAAAUCAUUCGAUGAAGAGCACACCUUCCGCUUCCUGGCGCAACAAGCUCUUCAGGAUUCGAAGGACACCAUAUUUGAGGAUCUUGUCAGAUUUAAAGUGGCAAACACACUUCAAUUUCAUGCAGUACUCUAUCUUAAGGUUGUUCUAGCUAAAGAUGACCUGGAAGAAAAGAGUAAAGGUGUCAGGCCACAUAUGCUCAGGAUCGCUCCUACUUUCACAAAGUUCGCCCGUCAUCUUAAAAAGGCAUAUCGUCUACUUGGCAGAAGCAUUUCGAGAGGUGAUGUUCCUUACUGGGAAAUCGAGGAUGCGAUUGAACUAGUCACAAAUAAUAACUAUGAGAUUACGAAGGGACUCUCUCAAACACUUCUGAUGGAAAGCAAAUGGAUUAACGGCAAGAUUUUGGAGUAUCUAGGGAAAUACACAGAUUCUGAACAAAUCAAAGAUUUUAUUGGCCAGGAAAAGCUACUAGCAGCAGAACAGUAG